AUGGUGAUGUAUUCCUUGCCAAUUAUCUUGGCAGUGUCAGUUAUUCUAAUACAAUUAUUAAAUCACAAUAUUAACCGAAAGAAGUUUGAUCAUAUGUUUGACCGCAUGUCUCAACUGUGGGAGAUCGCCGAAAUGAAUGGCGAGGUGGAAGUUUUGAAAGAAGUCACCGAUGAGGGAAGUCAAAUGGGCAGUAUGUUCAGAAGUUCUAUAUGGAUAUUCACGAUAUUUUUCCUAUCCAUGCCGUUGUGUCCAAUAUUUCUGGAUUUCAUUUUACCGUUAAAUGAAACUCGAGCUAGAGAACCACUUUUUAAACUGAAUUACAUGGUGGACAUGAGAGAUCAUUUUUUCAUCGAGUAUUUCCAUUCAGCAUUCAGCUCCAUCGUCGUAGUACUGAUUACGGCCACUUUCGAUUCGCUGUACAUGGUUAUCAUUCAUUAUGGCUGUGGAUUGUUCGCUUUGUGCGGGUAUCAGGUCAAGAAAGCAGCUGAGAUCGCAGGAACAAAUGCCACGAUUUGCACUAAAAAUGAUCUGUUCAGACGCUGCGUGAUUACCCAUCAUGAAGCUAUCAGAUUUUACGAGUGCAUGGACGAGAGUACUCGUACAGGAUACCUGAUACAAGUUGUUCUCACAAUGAUCGCCUUCACCGUAAAUGCGGUACAAGCUGUUCUACACAUGGACAGACCCAACGAAUUCAUCGCAAUCCUCAUGUUUAUGUGUGGUCAACAGUUUCAUCAGUUCGCUCUAUGUUUGCCUGGACAAGUGCUGAUAGAUCGCAGUUUAGAUUUGAUCAACGAUAUAUACUCUUCCAAAUGGUACCAGACACCAGUGAAAUACCAAAGAACAAUUCUAACAAUGCAAAUCAGAUGCAGUAAGGCGUGUAAGCUGACAGCAGGCGGAUUUUAUGAAAUGAACAUGGAAAAUUUCGGAGCAAUUAUUAAAACCAGCGUGUCGUACUUCACGGUCCUGCUGUCACUGAGAAGCUGA